AUGACCGGUAACAGUGUGAUCUAUUUUUCCUCCGGUAUGCGCCCUCUUGCUAAUGCCGAUGACGAGAUCGUUCUCCGGCUUCUGAAGCUUCGCUGGCUGAUUUUGCCGGUGGAUCUGCCGCAACCGCCAACUCCUCCAGACCUUCGGAGUUGGUUAGUCUCUCAACUUACCCGACCAGAUCUAAAACUGAGCAUAACAAACCUACCUCUCUAUCGCAAAGCCUCACGGUCUCUCACAAAGUGUGUUGACUACGCUCCCAACCUGUGUACAAUCAGAUCUCAUCUUUGUCUCUUACCAACAUCAACGCUUGAGUUUCCUCAUGCCGAGACCUCCUCAAACAGAAUUCCUCCAGCGAGAAGCAAUGCUUUAUGUUCUCUAAGUUGCUUAGCCUACGCCUCUCCAACGACUCGACCCGACGGCCCAGUGACUCUCAAGGUUACUACGGUGGUCACCUCUCAAGCUUUUCAAACGAGAACAAGAAGAACACUAUGUUUGAUACAUUUCGACUCCAUCUUCUCUAUCAACGUAGGCACGAUGCCACUGUCGGCAACCCCUUCAUCAACAAAAUUUCGCUCAACCGCUGGGAUCACCUCACCGCCGAUGCCACAUAACCCUAAUUGGAGGAAGAAUGUCUUUAAACGCUCAGCCUUGAAGGCACCACGAGCUAAAAUCAUUCGUUCACCCUUAGUGGUAGAAGAACUAGCCCUUUCGAAGGAGUUUCCGGUUAUUAUCUAUGAUUGUAACCACUUAGCUUAUCUUUACUAUGUUUUGUAUUGCUUGUAUGCUUUAAGUUUGGACUCCUUGGCAUCGAGUUCCAAGAUUCUAUGGCCUGUAACCGCGUUCGAAAAUUAA